AUGCCCGUGGACACGGGGUAUUCAGGAACUUUUGACCAAAGAAAAUCCUCGCAGCCUCCUCCUCGAGCGCCCUCCGCCGCCGCCUACCCUCCGCGGCUGCUGACCGCCCUCGCCACACCCCAAUGCCACCUCCAUCCCCGACCAUGCCACCCCAGUGCCAUCCCCUCCCAGACCACUCCCCCGAGCUUCCUCCGCCGCCCCGACCACUCCCCCGAGCUCCCUCUGCCGCUCCGACCACCAUUCGCCACCAGCCCUGCCGCUCGCUGGAGAUCCUCCAUCGAGCAGCGCCUUCGCUUCCAGGAGAUCCUGCUCGAGAAGCGUCGCCGCUUCCAGGAGCUGCUACCCCGAGCAGCGUCGCUGUUUCCAGAAGCUCCUUCCCUCCACGUCUUCGUCCCCUCCCCGAAGAGCGCCGACUACAUCCUCUCCCCCGAGCAGAUGCCGCUUCUGCAUUCUUUCACACGAGCAGUGCCGCGUCUACUACAUCGGGGUCUCCUCUACUUCCUCACUCCAACCCCACCGCCUACGCCCUCUGCUUCACCGCCUGAUCAGCCCCGCCUCCUCUCCUUCUCAACCAACGGCAAGCUGCCAAAGAGAAAGAACAAGAUGCCGAGGUCCUGCGGUGGCUACGGUGGGGCGCACUGGUGUAGCCCAUGCGAGCGACACGGGAGUGAGCGACCAGGAACCAAAAGAUCUGCCAGUAUUUAGUAGUCAGGUCAGCAAACCUGUCUUGGUAGUUCCAUCACCGAAACGAGGUACCAUAUGGAUUUGUUCUCUCUUCUAGUAGAUAAUCCAGAUUGAUAUUAUCUUUCGCGUGAUUUUGUGCUGAUGUGUGAUCCAGAAUUUGGACACAUACCCAUGUGCUAGAAGGAUCUGGUGUAGCUUGUUUAAUCAAUGCUAGACCAGUUUACAUGUACUUCUGAAUUUUUCAUCGGUUGUACUUGCAUAUUGGAAUGAAGGUGCUAAAGUUUAGCAACUCAUACAUUUUACUUCUUUAUUUCUGUAAGUUGUGCCUUUUGGAUUUUGAAAGUUGUUGAUGGUUACAAUUAGAAUUGAAGCAAUGCUACUUUACUCCUUCCGUGAAAGAAAUGCUACUUGUACUGACUUUGUCGGGCGUUGUACUCUUUAGAUAAGUGUUGUAUCUUGCAGAUUGUUAGGAAUAUGGCUUGGAAACUUCUUUCGGGGUAAUUAGAAAAACGAACCGCUAAAUUGCAUCUCAUAGAUGAACCCUAAUAUUUACUGUCUCACCCGAGUGAGUUCCUAAGUAUAAACAUGCUAUGCUUGGCAUGCAGUUUUGGGGGAAAAGGAAGCAUAGCAUGUGUACAAAUUGUUUGACCUUGCAUUUUACUACUUAGUAUUUACUAUACAUCCAGAAUUGUACUUGAAGUGUCAAAAAAUUUCAUUUAUAAUCAUCGAUAGUAAUAUUGCUAUAGAUAUAUACACACACUGAAAGUCUGAAAUAAAUUCUAGAAAAGGUACGACUAUCAUAUCUUUUGCUUUGUCCCGUAUUCAGUUUUUUAAUCUUUUCCUGGUUUGAUGUUAAUAUUUUGUUAGUUCAUAGAUGCUGCUAAUUUGUACUUCAAAAAUUUUAAACUUGAUUUUGUUUUCUCAGCAGUUCAACAAGUUUUUUUCUCAAGAUUGUAAGUUUUGUCACAAGGAGGAGAUUGUUAGAAUGCUACAAAACUUUAAGUACAUGCAUGAUAGUAGUUGUACCGGUCAACUAGGAUGUCUAGAUGUUUCUUGUAUUCGUAGCAACAACACAAGCAUGUGGGGCGAGAUUAAGCUACGAUCUUCAAAAUCAUUGCAAGUUUGGUGAUUCUUCGAGAGAGACAUGUGGCUCUCUUUGAAGGACGCGGUCUCACUGGAUGGUGGCGAGGCUGUUAUUCACAAGACAUCUAAUAAAGCCAUCCAACAAACGGUUGUGAACAAGCAAUUUUUCUUCCUGGACAUGCCUGCAGCUGUGCGUCAAGAUCAAACCAUUUGUAUCUUAGUUUGAACAAAAGAAAUCUUAUUGUCUUAUGUAAAUUCUGUUUACCGAUGUAGUUGGAUGCUACUGAAUGGAUCUAUGAAUGUUGAAAUAUUGAAUUUUUUUGUCAA